UAGUGAAUGCAGGGUCCGGGGAGACCGGAUAUAGUGAAUGCGGGGUCCGGGGAGACCAGAUAUAGUGAAUGCAGGGUCCGGGGAGACCAGAUAUAGUGAAUGCAGGGUCCGGGGAGACCAGAUAUAGUGAAUGCAGGGUCCGGGGAGACCAGAUAUAGUGAAUGCAGGGUCCGGGGAGACCAGAUAUAGUGAAUGCAGGGUCCGGGGAGACCAGAUAUAGUGAAUGCAGGGUCCGGGGUUUAGGAACACUUUAAAUAAAAACAUUACUGGGAAGGGGGCCUCAGGGGGUGGGGUGGGGGAGACAGGUUAUUAUUAUUAUACAGUAUUUAUAAAGCGAGAUAUGGAGGGAGGAGGUGUAGGUGUGGAAGGCAGAUUUAUAGCGGGUGAAGGCUUGUUGGGAUUUGGUUUUGCGCCAUAGUCGCUCCAGGGCACGACUGUGUUGUUUGAGGGUUUUGGUGUGAUCAG